AGCUUUUACCAGAUAGCUGCUGCCUAUGAAUGUCAAUCCAUCUGCGAAGGCGCGAGCAAUUGAACGGAGAACCUUACACGCAUGAGCAGUCAAGACCAGACGAUUGGAUCCGUAUAGACCACGUUCUCCACCGGCCCAAUCGAGCGCCAUACCCCCUCAUCCACGCAGUUAGGGCCAUCCCAACCGCGACAUCGCAAUUAGCCCUUGUAAAGCCUCUUUGGCCCAUCUCCAGAGCCACAGCCACACGCCAUCAACAUGACUACCACGCCAACUCCCGUAGACCUGCUUGAAGAGACCAUUCUCACGGCCACGAAACUGACCGCGCUCCCCAAAGUCCGGCUGUCCCUUCUGCAUCGCGUCUACUGCUUCCUCUGGCUCUGGGGCACCAAGCUCCUAGCGAGCCUCUACUUCACGUACCAGCGCCUCCGCGACCCGCCGGCGGCGUCGACACGCCCGACGCUCACCACGCGGCUCCCCUCGCGCCCAACCCUCGAAACCCGCAUCUUCUACCCCCCAACCUACAACCCACGCAGCCCAACCCAGCUCCCGACCUACUUCAACAUCCACGGCGGCGGGUUCGCGCUCUGCACCGCCGCCGUGGACGACGCCUUCUGUCGGGCGUGGUCGACCCGCACCGGCAUGCUAGUGAUCAGCCUGGACUACCGCAAGAUCCCGCUGCACGCGUUCCCAACGGCGACGCACGACGUGGCCGCGCAGAUCCACGACCUCCUCGCCCACCGGGACGACCUGCCCAUCGACCGUGCGCGCCUAGCCAUCGGCGGCUUCAGCGCGGGCGGCAACCUGGCCCUCUCCGUCGCGCAGCUCCCCGCCCUGAAGCGCCGGUUCCGCGCCGCCGUCAUCUACUACCCCAUCGUCGACUUCAGCCACCCGCCCACCCACAAGAUGGCCACCCGGCCCUAUGCCGACUACCGCGUUGACCAUCUCGGCAGCGCCGGCUGGUGGCUCGACUGGGGCUACGUGUGUCCCGGCCAGGAUCGCCGCGAUCCGCUGCUCAGUCCGUGGUAUGCGCACCCCGACGAUCUGCCGCCGUGCGUGUAUAUGGUCGCCGCCGAGUACGAUAUGUUGCGGCUCGAGGCGCAGGAGAUGAUUCAUCGGUUGGCGGGGUGGGAGGAUCGUAUCGAUAAGGAGGAGCCGUUUGAGCGCGGCGGGUAUAAGUGGACUCUUGCUAGGGGUUGUCGCCAUGGGUUUACGCAUGGCAUGCCCAAGGGGAAGAGGUCGAGGAGGGUGGAGGUCCGAGAGCAGAUUUAUGAGGAGGCGGCGGGCUGGUUGGGGAGGUGUGGCGUUUUGGGGUGAUCCGGAUAUGCGGUGAUUUUGGGCCUGGGCUUGGCGGAUUGGAUUGUAGACUGGA